AUGGGAUUGAAGUUAUUGUCAAUUUCGGCGGGAUGUACCAUUUUAAACCUUGUAAGCCUCCAAUAUUGGAUGCAAAUGUCACUUGAGAAUUAUAAGUCAGAUGGUUUGAUUGUUGAGGAUCUUAUUAAUUCCGAGAAUGCAAGCCAUGCCGUGGAGCUGCUUUUGGGCUCAUUCACCACUCUUGCAUUGGUGGCCGGUUUAGCACUUAAUGUAUUUAUCUUGCUUAUUUUAUGUCUCAAGACGAUAUUCUUUUCAGAGUUGUACUCUUCUGAAAUUCGAAAAUUAUUAGAACGUCUCAUCAAUUACAUCAUCUACAAGGGAACAUUUCUUCCGUUAGUGGUCCCCCCAACAAUAUUUCAGGCAGGCUUGUGGUCAACUUGGUUGGGCGUGGUUUGUUUCUUAAAGAUGUUUCAAGCUUUAGCUAGGGAUCGACUUGAACGUUUAAAUGCUUCUCCUUCUGCAACUCCAUGGACAUACUUCCGUGUAUAUUCUGCAUUGUUGCUGGUUUUCUCUGUUGACUUGCUCUGGAUGUGGCUAUGUUUUACCAUGUACAGUGCAACUAGUUCAUCAGUGUCUUUGUUGUUAUUUUUUGAACCUACUAGCAUUGCAUUUGAGACACUACAGGCCAUGGUGGUUCAUGGAUUUCAGUUGCUUGAGAUAUGGCUGCAUCACUCUGCAGGAGAUAUUGCAAAUUACCGAUUAUCUAAAAUCUUCGAUAUAUCCCCUGCAGGUUCAUUGUGGGAAUGGAAAGGCAUCAUUAUUCGAAAUUUGGGGUUUUUCCUGGACAUGAUGACACUGUUGAUGGCCAUUGCUCAUUAUCUGCAUAUUUGGUUGCUUCAUGGCAUGGCAUUUCAUCUUGUGGAUGCUGUCCUUUUCCUGAACAUUCGGGCCCUUUUAAGUGCAUGCGUAAAACGUGCCAAAGGUUUCAUCAAAUUGCGGAUGGCUUUGGGGACCCUUCAUGGAGCACUUCCUGAUGCUACACCUGAGGAGCUUCGAGCAUAUGAUGAUGAGUGUGCCAUUUGCAGGGAACCAAUGGCAAAAGCUAAGAAGCUGUCCUGUAAUCAUCUUUUUCAUCUUUCAUGCUUGAGAUCUUGGCUAGAUCAAGGUUUAACUGAGAAUUACUCUUGCCCCACUUGUCGGAAGCCACUUUUUAUGAGCCAACCUGAAAAUGGGGUAAACGCCCGUGCUGCAGAAAUUUCAAGAGAUGAGCAGCUUGCUCGUGAAAUGAGUGCUGUACUUGAGCGGCCAAAUCUUCCUAGUCAUAACCUGCCCUCUGGAGUCUUCCCUAAUCAGCCACAGAAUUCAGAAAAUGGUGAUCGGAGGAGGACUGGAAUGGAAUCAAGUUGGUUGGGUUUAGAUGGAGCAGGCCCAUCUGGAUUUGGUCGAGUUCAGAUGGUAAUGAGGCAACUUGCAGCCGUAGGAGAAACUGCCCUUGAAGAUGCUGCAUGGGGAUUUUUUCCUCCAAAUCCCUCCCAGGCUGGUACAUCCAGGAUGGGUGCCCCUCCUCCUGGUCCUCUGCGGUAUGCUGGAGGUUCUGGUGGUUUAAGUAUGAGAUCACCAUCACAUGCAUCGAAUGAUGAUGAUAUAGCAAAUAUGCUUGCCAUGGCUGAAACAGUUCGGGAAGUACUGCCCCACAUCCCUGAUGAUCUAAUCUUUCGGGAUCUACAGCGGACAAAUUCUGUGAUGGCUGUGUGUGAAUCGGAUUCAUCAACUGAUGGCUUCACGGCCAAGUUUUUCGAGGCGAUCAUAGAAGAAAAGGCGCUGGAGAAGACACAGAAGAAGAUGAGAAUUUUGGUCAUUGGAAAGUAUUGUGGAAUGCUGGCUUGUGGGAUGAUUCUUGGGGCCGUUUGCAUGGUACAGUAUGAUUUUGUUGAACAAAAUUUAGGUUUUCUUCCUCCUACAUAG